AUGACCAAGCUUUGAUUGUUUGAGUCAGCUGUCUGGGGUUAGGGCAAAAACCAAAACAUGCACCCUUUGGCGUCCCCAGGACUGAGUUUAGGAAACGCUGGAUUAAGCUGUCUAAGAGAUCAGUGAAGUCUGACUUGACACAACUUAACGCAGUAAGGUCGGGCUUCUCAUUGAUGUUAAACUAUCAUUAAACAAUCUAAUCGCCACUGGGAGUGGGUGUAUUUAUAAAAUACCACACCUGCGAUACUUCUUUAAGCCAAAAACAAUAUCUUCAUCUCAGUUGAUCUCCCACCCAUCUCUUUGUGGGUGGGGCGUCCAGGGGUGAGAGUAGGUAAUACCUGGGAUCCACCUCCCACCUGACACACUGCUACAGAAGACAGCAUUACCGACCACACCAUCACGGAACACCUGAGAGGAACCACGCCGAGGUCUUCACCCCAGACAGAGAACCCCAGGCUGGGUAGGCCUGGUGCUGGUGCUAAAUGUGGAGGACCCUGAGUAUCCCUGAGUAUCACCUGUUCAUCUGAAGAUCUACAAGAGGAGAGUGUUUGAUCAUGAAGCUCCACCUUGUUUCUCCUUCUACUUGAGGUGAACAAGUUCACCAGAAAACUGGAUGCCACAAGUGGAGGAAACUCAAAACUCGCUGCUCCGAUUCCUUAUUCAUCCAUUUGUCUUAAGAGUCUCUCUCUCUGUUCACACCAUCACCAUGAGUGCUGUCUUCUCCCACCCCUUCGUAGACCAGCGGCCCACCUACCUAAACAGAGGCAGCAGCCUGCCGUAUGGUCUGUCUCCCUCUAGUGGCUACUCUGAAAACCGCCCAAACACCCACUCCAACCGCCUCCACUCUGGCUCUGACCCUCUGGCCCACACAGUGCCCUUCCUCCUCUACCCCACCACAAUGGACCCUGGAGGCCUCUAUGAAGCCUCGUUCCGGGGCCCCGGAGGCCCCAAUCUCCUCCCCUACCUGUCCCCAUUCCACCACGGGCACUUUGGGGUGUACGAGUGCCCCUUCGAGCCAGCGUUCAUCCAGAAGCGUAACGAGCGGGAGCGUCAGAGGGUGAAGUGUGUGAACCAGGGCUAUGCCAAGCUGAGGGACCACCUGCCCGGGGGUGUCAGUGAGAAGAGGCUCAGUAAAGUGGAGACACUGAGGGCAGCAAUUAAUUAUAUUAAAUACCUGCAGGGGCUGGUGGAGGGACAGGGGAAGGGCAGAGAUGGGUAUGAGGGGGGACAGGUGUGCCACAGCCCCAGUUCUGCCCACUGUAGGACGGAGGACUCGGACCACAGCAAUGGGGGGUCACCUCACUCUCUCUCAGACUCCUCCUCUUCCUCCGCGGGGAUAGACUGUGAGGAGUCAGCGGGCUCUGGGACCUAGAUGAUUGUGGUUAGUAUAGUUUGUGAGCGAGACUGUGGAUAGACGUUUGUGGAUUGAGGUAGGACUUCCCUCUCUCCAAGGACUGCUCACGAAAACAUCAAACCCUGAGCACGAAGACAUAUAAUUUAAGACUUUUCCAGUAGAUACUAUGUAAUGUAUUGGCACUGUGUCUUGUUUUUUUGCCACUAAAAUGUUUUACCAAACCACUUUCAGAUGCUGAUUAUGUUAAAGAAGAUGUCAUGAACACUUUAGAUUUGAAGAUAAACAUCUGAAACUCAGAAAGCAAUCCCAGCUAGCACAUAACAUUCUGAGAACAGCUCUAAGUUUUUAGAGCUUGGUGAGACCGUGGAUGUCCUAUGGUUAUUUUGCACACAGCCUUCCAUCAACUCUUUGGGAAUGGUGCAUAGUUGUUUGGCUUUGGAAUAGUCUCCGCUCAUUUCAGGAACCUGAUUAAAACAAAAUCUUACGAUUUCAUUACAUUAAAAGAAAGUUUCUGAAAUGGUCAAACAGGGUUACAUUUCAUUUCAAUUUUGGUAAUUAUCUUGGAAUGUUCUUUAACUGGUUCGACGAGGGGAAUGUUCUCAACUAGUUCAGAGAAUGUUAAGAAACAAUGUUCUUCUGUGGGAAUUUCGGUACUUUAGCAUAACGUUUCUUACAGGUUUCCUCAUGGUUCUAUUUAAAGUCACGUUCUCAAAUUGUUCCAAGAACGUGAAGAAAACUUUCCAUAAAAAAACACACCAAAAAAACAUUUGAUGCUGAGAACAUACACAUUCCAUUCUCAGCCUCAACAAAACUCUCUAUCCACUAUCCUGUUAAGUGUGUUCAGGUGUGUUGGCUGUGCCCACUAAUUGGCCACACCUGAUCUUAUUGAGUGCUUUUUUCCUUUGAAAUGGGGUCUGUCUGAACAGACUAAAAUAAACAGCCUUGUAUGCAUAAAAAACUAUGCAUGCUAGCUCCAUCCUGGUGGCGCAGUAGUCUAAUUCAAUGAAUAGAGAAGAGAAGAUUAUAGGCUUGAAUCUCACUAAAUAAAAAAAUCUAUAAUAAAUAUGUUUGCAUGAUUAAUGCCUAAGGAAAGGAAUUUCCAUGUGUCCUAAUUGUGCUUGGAUUUCAAGAAGUAAACCCCAAAUAAGAUAGCAGUGUUAUUAAAAGACUUUCAGUGAAAGUUUUAAGGAAGUUAUUCAAAAACCUCAAAAUAACCUCUAAUUUCAGUUCUCAGAGCGUUAAUAAAACCUCCCAGGAAAACGUUCAAGGAACCAGGAUAAAAUGUUCUCAGAACCUCUCUGCAACCUAAAAAUAACAGUCCCAGAACAGUCAAAAUGUUCACUUCUGUUCUCAGAACGUUUAAAAAACAUUCAGUUCCUACAACCAAUGUGAAACUAAAAACAUACGUUUCCACAACUUCCAAGGAUCCAAAUGUGUUAAUUGGGAUGAAUUCAAGUAUGCAAUGUUUAUUGUGUUUCAAAAUGAAAAACUGACCAUUGUAGCAACACGUUACUGUUAUCAAAAGAAACUGUAUUGCCCAAAACAACUGUAGUUAAUUUUAUUACAGCGCAUGACAUCUUUUGGAAAUUUCAGGUGAUAUUAAGUCACAAAACUGGUAAUAAAGUAAUGUCAUUCCUCUUUUCACAAAUAGAGUUUUUGGAAAAGAAACAGAUUGGGACAACUGAUACUUGGAUGCAAUUUUUUGGGGGGGUUAGACAGUAUUCAUAAUGGUGUUAAUCUAAUUACUCUAAUUUGUUGUAGUACUGUAGUUCACCAUAAUUGUGCUCAUUCCUCAGACCUGGGGCCUGUCGUUAAUGUUU